CGCAUCAAAACAAACAAAGCCGGACGGUCAUUUCGGGAAAAACUUUGUGACUUCGCCGCGAUAUAACAAUCAGUAGAAUACUUUGAAAGAAUCGAGAACUUAAAUUCGAAAUUUUAGGACAAACCCUUGCGAAAGUCUUCUACAAAGUCGCGAAGGUUCAAGUAAACAUCCGAAGAAGUACUCAUUUCAUUAUCACGUCAUAUCUAGAGGACCUCGGUUUUCAUUGCUAUCACCUUUCUGUAUCGAAGUGGAUGCUGUUGUUUUUAAUGAUGAAAAGCCUCUUUUAGAGGUAGACAACACAGCUGUAACGUACAGUAAAGAAAUAAAUAUCAAGAGAGAUGGGAAACGAAGUGAGUACAGUCGGAGGGGCAAUCGCCACCGCUGCCACUUCAGUUGCCGCUGGAGCUACGUUUGGACAGGUAGAUACACUGAAUAAUGCUGUGGUCGAAUGCGCCAAGUUUACGGGAAAUGCCGCUUCUAAGACGGUUGUACGUCACGUUGGAGAAACGGUAGGCUCCGCCGUAGCAACUGGUGCCGUGGCAGCCGCUUCCGGAGUCACUCUUGGACGAGUAGAUACCUUAAAUAAGACUGUUGUCAAGUUAGCAAAGCAUACGGCUGAGGCUGCGGUCAAAUCUGGCAGAGUAGUCAUUCACACCACCAAUGAAGUAGCCAAUGGUAUGCCUGUGAUAGGGCACAUCAAAGGUGGUAUACACUAUGCCAUCGGAGACAGAAAGAGGGGGAGCGAGGCAAUGAAGAAGGCUUCAAGGUCAACCGGUGUUGUCGUAGGGGGCGUUCUAGGGGUAUCUGGUGGUCCGGCGGGAAUGGUGGCCGGGGGCAUCGCAGGGGGAGCGGUGAUGGAUGGCAUAACAACUGGAGUAGAGUCGGCUGUAGAAGGGAAGUAUACUCCAGCUGGACAGAUCAAAGCUUGGACCAAUGUUGCCACGGGUAAAGACCCACAGACGAUCAUCGGGGGCGUGGUGGGGGGUAUUAUGUCCCCCAUAAUGGACGGAGUAGGAGGGUAUGAUGUCGGAACUCUCUUUAAAGGAGGUAGAGUUACGCAUCCACACGACCAUCAUGACUUGGCGGAGUUCGAACAUGUAGAAGUUCCAAUUGAAUCCGCUUCCGGAAAGUCAGAACCUGAAACAAAUCGUUCCAAGGCUGAUCAAGGAAGGGGCGAGGUACAAGGUGAGUCAUCAGCCGUGACAAGAGCCGAUAGAGGUGAAGAUCAAUCACAUACUAAUGGAAGGAGGGAAGCAGAAGAUAGAUCAAGUGAAGUCGCUGAAGGGGUGAGUCGAUUAGUUGGCGAGGGAAGAGAAGCAGAAGGUGUAGGAAACGACGAAGAGGGUGGAGUCUCUAGAAGGAUGGAGCAUUCAGCAGGUGGGGCAAGGGAAACAGAAAUUGAGAAGGGUCAAACAGAAGUCGAGGAAAACAAAAUAGAGAGUGGUGAAAGCGACGCAGAUGGUGAAUUCGGUGAAUGGGUGUAUCUAUCAGCUGAAGAGACAAGCGAGGAUGAAGACAAGAGAAGAGGAGGUGUUUCAAAUAUAGGCGAGUCAAGUAGCGGUAUGGAUGUGACAGGCAGACCUUUGGGAAGCAAUGGAUCAUCAAUUAUCCGUGCUUGGAAAACUGCACUCAGCGAAGGAGAGGGUGAAAUCAUUCACCUGUCAAAGCUAGAAGAUGGAACGCUUUACCGAGGCGUGAUUAAGGGCAAAAACCCAUACAGUGCAGAUGGUUAUGAGGCACAUUUGGGCGAAGGAAUUCACUUCACAGAUGACCUUGAUGAAGCUAUUGACUUUGCUACGUUACAUGGAGAAGUGUACCAGUUCGAGUUUAGCGCCACUGAAUGGCGGGAUUAUAUGAAGAACUGGGCGCUUGAACAAGAAGGCACAGUCAGAAAUCUAAGUGGUGUAGAUGAAUUCCAAGUUAUCAAGACCACUUAUGGGAGCAUAAACCACUACCGAUUCAGCCCUCAUAUAGUCCUGGUGAUCGAACAGAGAGACGCCCUUGUAAAACUGAGAGAUGUCAGUACCUCGUCCAAAUGUUCUGUAGCGUGACUGAACGUUGGUUACUUCAUACCCCUGGCGUAUUCAGGUUUCAGUUACUGACGUACCACAAGUUUACUGUGAAACUGCUAAAAUAGUUUUUUCUAUCGCACAUCGUGUUGACGAAGUUGAAAGGUGGUUGUAAUCAAGGGUUUCUUUAAGUAUUUAAGUUAAAAAAAAGGCACUUUCUUCCGGUUUAUCGACAUCAUAGCCCACGCGGGAUUGAGUGAGAAGCUUUGAGAGAACAGAAAUAAAGUUCAUAAAGCACGAACCAAGGUAAAUGAUACAAGAGCUUCUCUCGUGUUGGCUGAACGUUACUGUGGGUUACAAUACCUGCGAGUCGAUAGGAAUUACGGUUUUUCGCCCAUAUGAAAUAAUUGUAAAACGUUUCGGUUUUUUGUGGGUUUACUGGUACAUUAAAAAAUAGGUUUUAAUCAA